UUUGGGAACUUUCACUCAUGGUACAACUACAAGUAAAGUGGAGGAAAAGAAAAAAAACACGCAAGUCCUAAAUUAAAGUAGAUUGACACGUGGCUGUUUUAUAUUGGCUGGAUAUACCUGCGCGUAUGUAGCAAGCAGUUGAUAUUGCACAUAUAAUCUUCAAAAUUACUGAAAAAUAAGAAAAAAGAUUUAAAUACGAAAGAGAUGGCGAGCGGUGGCGCCGGCGGCGGAGGUGGCGGAAAGGUGUCGUUCAAAGUUACUCUUACCUCUGAUCCGAAACUCCCAUUCAAAAUAUUUAGCGUACCGGAGGCUGCCCCUUUUACUGCAGUUCUGAAAUUCGCCGCCGAGGAAUUUAAAGUGCCCCCCCAAACCAGUGCCAUCAUCACUAACGAUGGAGUGGGAAUCAAUCCUCAACAGAGUGCUGGAAAUGUCUUUCUUAAACAUGGCUCAGAGCUGCGCUUAAUUCCCCGCGACAGAGUUGGUGCCUGUAUGUAAGCUUGAGGUCGAGUUCUAUAAAGUUUUUACCAUCUGCAUUUCAAUAUGUAUUCUCUAGACAUAUUCCCCAAAUCGAGUCUGUUUUGUUUUGCUACCCAAACCUUCAAAAGAUGACGGUCCCAGUAAAUUUAACUCUUAUUUAACAGAGAUGGAAAAUUCUUGACCCAGUUACUUUAAUAAUUUUGUUUUCCGUGAUAAUUAAUAAAUGAGUAACACUGUUUUUCAGUAGUA